CAAAAUUACCAAACACAACUGUCUGAUGUAGUCAUAAAAGACUAAAAAGUAAAAACCCUAACGUCCGCCACAAGUAUUUCCGAAUUUUUCUCUCAGCUUCACAUUUUUGCUAAAUUUGCGGGAAAUCAAAUCUAAUCCUCAAAACUCAACCAAAAGGCCAACGAGCAAACGCGCGUUAUACUCUUUUCCAGAAAUGGGGAAGAGACCGCCGAUCCCACCAGACAUAGAAAACGGAACUCCACCAUUACCACCGUUACCACCACCAGCUCGACCGCCGUUUCGCCCUCCUAUUCCCGUUCCAUGGUACGCAUGGCUCGUGCCUCUCAUCUUUGCUGCUAACUUCAUCACAUUCGCCACCACAAUGUACGUCAACGAUUGCCCCUCGAGAUCAGAUAACUGUCUCUUGUUUGAUGUCCUUGGAAGGCUUUCGUUUCAACCGAUAAAGGAGAAUAUGCUUCUUGGUCCUUCUAUUCCCACGCUGAGAAGACUUGGAGCUCUAGAAAGGAGACUUGUCGAGGAAGGUGAAAAAUGGCGUCUCAUCUCUUGCAUAUGGCUUCACGGUGGGCUCCUUCACCUGCUGGCUAACAUGAUCAGCCUCCUCUGUAUUGGAAUGCGUCUUGAACAAGAAUUUGGAUUCUUGAGAAUUGGAGCUUUGUAUGUGAUCUCCGGGCUUGGUGGAAGCAUUAUGUCUUGUUUGACAGAUUCAAGAGGAGAACGUGUAUCAGUAGGAGCAUCAGGCGCCUUGUUCGGGUUACUCGGUGCAAUGCUCUCAGAGCUGAUCACAAACUGGACAAUCUAUGAAAAUAAGUGUACAUCACUUAUGACAUUGAUCCUGAUCAUUGCACUGAACCUAAGCGUCGGAUUCUUACCACGUGUAGACAAUUCUGCUCAUUGUGGAGGAUUCUUAGCCGGUUUUUUCCUAGGGUUUGUCCUUCUUCUCCGUCCGCAGUACGGAUACGUGAACCCCAAGUAUAUUCCACCUGGUUAUGACGUGAAACACAGGAAAUCAAGACACAAGUGUUAUCAACAUGUCUUCAGGUUUACAUCGCUAGCCAUUCUCCUUGCGGGAUUCAUUGCGGGAUAUACUAAGCUUCUAAGAGAACAUACAGUAGAGAGCGUGCCAUUCAGAGAUGUCAAUUAGCAUCUGUAAAAGUUCAUUUCACAGGAUCCCAAGAUAUUUUCAUAUAUGAUACAACACCAUCACCAGAAAAGGUUUUACAUUUGAUGAUUCGAGAAGUAAUUACAUAUGUACCGGUUUUUCAAGGCUGUUGUAACUGUACUCAUGUGUAUGAAAAAGCAUAUAUUAACCUAGGAAACAUUUUUUAUAUAUCUAGUUUCUUUUGUAGCAAACUAGGAUCACAAAUCAAUUAUGUAGUAGUAGAACUGAUGUUUCGUUAGCGUGAGGUGUCUCCCCAAUUUCGAAACAAACCUACGAACAUUGAAUUUUGAGCAAAUAAACACUAUAAAUCAAAGCAAUAUAUUUUGUUUUUUUUUAUCUUGACAAGAGCAUUACUUUCUGUCUUGAUAUGAGCAUUAACUUUUAUUCCUACGGUUCCAUAAUCAAUAUGCUUUACUCCAUACCCUUUGGGUUUGUUUGUGAGUGCUUCAAAGCCUUGAAACACUUCCGAGAUCUCUAUAGCUUCUUCGAUCUUAAUAUCACCAAAUUAUGUAAUAUCAAUGAACAUCAGAAAAGUAGAAGGUUUAUUAGUUGAACAAAUCGACUUAAAUCAUAAAGUUCAAAAGAUUAAAUACCUUAGAGCCUAAAGAACAAAUCAAUGACUCAAUAUCUUCAAAUUUGAUUGUCUCAAGUUUUUUCAACAUGUGUUUGACUGCAUAAGAAGCUUCGGAUAAACUUUGUAGCAUAAGCAUCUCGGAAUGAUCCCAAUAUCAGCAAUGCUCCUAUUAAAUUUAGCAACACAACAGUUUCUUUUUGCAUCUGAAAUAAAUAAAAAAA